AUGUUUCCCUUGAGGAGUGUGAGUAGUUCCCAGUUCAACUCGCAGGCCAACUCGUAUUCAUUGUUUCAUUACGUUCUCCUCGUGCUUCUCACUGUGCAGAAUGCAACGAUUGUGAUACUUAUGAGCUACACGCAACAAAGACAAUCCAGCAAAGAUCCCUCCAACCGCUUCAACACCUCUCAUGUUGUGAUGAUGACUGAGAUGGUAAAGUUUCUAAUGUCUCUCGCAUGGUGCGCGUGGGACGUUUUUUCCACAAUCGCCCCCCGCGGUUCUCGCGUACUUGACGACUCCGGGACCGAUGCAUCGGAAACUCCGCUGGGCCAUCGUGGAUCCGAUGUAAUGAGAGAUGUGAAAACCUUGAAGCAGGAUCAAAAACUAUUGUGUUAUGAGGACAGCCAUGAAGAUAACAGUAAUGGAGCCAAGCUCGCAACUAACAUGGAGUCGGCCCCCGCGGAUCUCUCCUCUGACGCCCAGUCGAUAGAAGUGGAGAUAAACCGAGAGGGCUUCUGUGGCUUAUUUCUUUUGCAGCUUCUCCACCGAAGUGCGGUGCCAACUGCCGUUCCCGCCAUCAUUUACGCAUUCCAGAACUAUGUUAUGUUUGUGGCAUUGGCGAAUAUGGAGCCCACACUCUUUCAGGUAACCUACCAGACAAAAAUACUCGGUACGGCUCUGCUCCUGUGGAUAUUUCUCGGUCGUACGUUUUCUUCACAGCAGUGGAUGGCCCUCUUUUUGUUGAUGGCAGGUGUGGUGUUAGCCCAGCUCGGCAGCAAGCAUAGUAGUCGGAAACCUGAAGAGAAGACGAAUUCUGUGGAAAUCAGCGGUAGUUACGUAGUGGGUGUGGUGGCAACAACGAUGGCGGUUUUAUGUUCCAGUGCAGGUGCUGUCAUGUCGGAAUGGCUCUUCAAAUCUAAGGACGCUUCGCUCAGUUCUCAUACCUCCACGAAAAACGUUCACCUUUCCGCGUACUCCGUUGUUUGUUAUAUUGUCGCACAGCUUCUCGCAGGCUCUGGCUCCAAUACUCAAGGUCAAGCCCAAGUUAAUGCGACGCCCGACGAUGUCAAUGCUGGCACUUCUUUUUUCCAAGAGUACUUCCGUGGCUUCGACUCCCUCGUGUGGUUAAUGAUUUUUGUUCAGGCAGUGGGCGGAUUGUUAGUGGCGUUGGUAAUUAAGCAUACGGACAAUAUCAUGAAAGCCUUUGCAGCGGGGUGUUCUAUUGUGUUAAGUGGAAUAUUAUCGUUGUUGAUAUACUCUUUUGUUCCUGGCAUACUAUUUGUUAUCGGAAGCAUGCUUUGCAUUGUGGCGCUGAUAAUUUAUAGUCGCGGUUGA